AUGGCUUUGGUGCAGACCCUCCUGGACCAGGGGGCUGAUGUCAAUGAGGAAAGCCAUGUCCUCGGACGACCGCUGACUGGUGCUGCUUAUGGUGGGCACCUGAGCGUUGUACAAUUGCUUGUGGAAAGGGGCGCAGAUGUCAGUGGGGGCGCGUUACAGUGGAAAGCGGAAACAGAGGGACGCGAUGGUAAUCUCUGGAUGAUUACGCGCUCGUCGAAUCCGAUCAGGUCAGCCCUUGAAGCCGCUGCCGCUGCAGGACACGAGCCAAUCGUCGACUUACUCCUCGAGCCGAGCCUGGGCAUCUCCCGCUCGUCCUUUACCUUCUCCGCCGCCAUGGUGCAGGCCGCUCAAGGUGGACACCAGAAUAUGCUCCAAAGCCUCUUUGACCGCGCCGACUUCAACGCCGUCGCGGAAGAGCUCAAAGAAAGGGUACUGGAUGCGGCAGUCAGGGAAAGCGCAAGCAACGGUCAUCUUGAGACCUUGAAAUUUCUGCUAGGCGCAGGCGCACCGGUGGACCUUGACAUCAGUGAGAGACACGAACAGGGCCCUCUUUGGAACGCCGCCAUCAACGGACAGAAUGGCGCCGUCGAAAUGCUAUUGGCAAGAGGCGCAGACAUCAACGAAAGAAGCUUGCGCCCACGGAGCUCACCAUUGGUGGUAGCGGCCGAGGCGGGUUUCCCUCGGACAGUUGCACUGCUUCUUGACCGUGGAGCAGAGGUUAACGACAACAAAGGCAUGCGGCCUCUGCGAUACAUCAGUACUUUCGCUCCCUGGUGCGUUUGGAAGGUAUUCCUACAAAAGGGUAUCCACAAGCGGGACGAGGAGGCGGCGAUGGAUGUGCUCGAGGAUGCGUAUAAGGACAAUCGGCAGGAUCUUGUGGAUUUGUUGCUUGAAUAUGGAGUAACCCUGAGUAAAGAAGCUGUGGAAUAG